AUCCUUCAACGCCAUAUUGGAAUUUUAAGAACUGGUCACAAAAAAUUAUGGCUGCUGCUGUAACCAACUCUUGUUCUUCAAUAAUAUCAAGAUUUUCACCGUUUACACAGAAGACAACACACUUACCUUCACCUUUGCAAUCUCAAUCAAUUUUGGUAUUUUCUUGGGAGAAACAAAAAACAGAAGAUUCUAAUUAUCAAAUGCAAAACAGAAUGAAAUAUUGA